AUGCAGCUCCAGAUCCCAAGAAUCAACAAGACGAACUACGAGCGCAUACUACGAGAGAUCAGACAAGCUGACGAUGUUCAAGGUGUGGCAGAUGACAUACGGAAUGUUAUGUUGUUGAUGCCGCACAAAUCCUCGAUAAUAGCAUCUCUUAUGUGUGAGUUGAUUAAAGACAGCACGGAGCUUAAGAACGCAAUUAUUGUAAUGCUCGAUGGCAUUAGUAAAACUACUGAUAUUUGUGAAAUGAUGUCUGCGGUGUUUACUUUAAAAAGACUUGGUGUAGGCUGGAUUAGUUGUUUUUCAUGGAUUGGGCAAUUACCUGAAUCCUUUAUGGUUGGAGAGCAUGAAUUUGAAGUUUGCUCCAAAGGCUUGGUAGAUGAAUGUAAUGCAAAAGCUGAUGCAAUCCUUGGGAGAGUUAACAAAGAAGAUUUUGAAGACACUUUUUGUAUUAUGCAAAUAAUCAGAAAUUUUAGAUUUUCUGUACAAGAGUGUGUGAUGCAACUGAAUGUGUUUAAUAACCACAAACAAGUUGUUGAUAGCUUGCUUCUGCUUUAUAGUGAGGGUGAAGAUGUGCUUUACCUGACUAUGGUUGUGAUUGAAUUAUGCAAGAAGCAGGGGUUUAUGAAAACGUUUGUGAAUGAACUUUGCAUGAUGAGUCAUGAAGUCAAGGAUAAAGAAUGUAAACGAACGAUUGGUGAGUUUAAGAGAAUAGCGCUUCCGUUUAUUUUUGAGUAUUUUUUGUACACUAAUGAAGAAAGUAGUGUCUAUGCAAGCAGUUCGUAUGUUCCUCUUGGAUGUGUGGAAGACAUAGCUGUGUUCAAACAGGCAGUCAAUGAUGAAGUAAGGAUAGAGAUGGAAAGGAUUUCUGGCUUGAAGAAGGUCAAAAGAUUCUUUGAAGAAGACAUAAAUGGUGGAGUUAAUUGCUUGAUGAAUAAGAUCUCGAAGGAAGAGUUUGAAGCCAAGGUCCUGAAUAGAGAUUAUUCUAAUGGAGAUGUAAAAGAUGGUGUUGAGAAUAAGGAGUUUUUUUUCAGAAACUUCUGCUAUCUCGGAUCACCAAGUAUUUCACAUUUCUUGACAUACCUUGAGAUGUACAAAUCGUACUUUCGAUUGGAAGCAGAUGAUCAGCAGCUAUUUAUAGAUGUGUUUCUUGAUGUAUUUAAAUCCUCUGAGUCAUUCAGAAGGAUUGUAUUAGAGAAGAUGGUUUUGUUUGGAAUAGUACAGAAAGACGUAGUUGAUUGCCGGAUCGAAGCAAUGAACAUCUAA